AUGCAGGUUGUGGAGAUAUAUGCUGUCGUGCUUCUAGACACAAGGCAAAGAGGCAACACCAUAUAUCUCCAGCAAUACGGGCAGAUGCACAAGUGGGACGACUCGACUAACAUGGAGCAUUUGAAUGCCGCCAUAGUUCUUACCAAUCAUCCAAGAAUUGCCAAAUAUCUGAAGUACCCCGGUGAUCACACCGCUGCAUAUCAAUAA